CUCCUUUCCCUCUCCUUGCGUUUCUAGACUCUGGCGCUCACUUCUUUUGAAGUCUCUCUCUCUCUCUCUCUCUCUCUCUCUCUCUCUCUAAAGGUGCUCGCGUUUCUAGAGAUAGAGAGAGAAACCCGACGGAGGAGAGACGGCGCUAGCGCGAUAGAGAUUUUGAUUCCGAAGCGCACCGCACCUGAUGAUGCUGCAGAGGAAGCGCGACGCGGCGGCGGCGGCGCCCGGAGGAGCGGCGGCGGCGGCGGCGGCGGCGCCCUCCCGGACCGCGAUGCCGGCGUUCAACGGGAGGCAGGUGGUCCCGGUCGACUGCGCCGCGGAGGUCUCGCAGCGCCUCCUGGAGGCCGCCCUCCUCGGCGGCGGCGCGGGGUCGGUGGUCGAGUGCCUCGCCGACCCGCUCGUCGACGUCAACUACGCCGGGGCGGUGAGCCUGAAGACCAGGAAGGCCGACGUCGUCCUGCGCAGGGAGUCCGCCGUGGAGGUCCGGGUGGAGUACGAGGAGUUCAGGACGGACGUCACGGCCCUGUUCCUCGCCGUGCACGCCGGCAAUGUGGCUCUGGUGAAGCAGCUCCUGAGUGCAGGAGCUGAUGUGAACCAGAAUCUCUUCAAGGGCUGUGCAACCACGGCAGCAGUACGGGAGGGCCACCUCGAGAUUCUGGAGAUCUUACUGAAAGCUGGGGCUAGUCAGUCAGCCUGUGAGGAGGCUCUGUUGGAAGGGAGCUGUCAUGGACGCGCAAGGCUGGUGGAGCUCUUGAUGGGCUCUGAUCUUAUUCGGCCUCAUGUCGCUGUGCAUGCUCUUGUCACCGCUUCCUGCAGGGGGUUUACUGAUGUAGUGGACACUCUCAUUAAGUGUGGAGUGAAUCCAAGUGCAUCUGAUCGAUUUCUUCUCAAGUCAUCUAAGCCGUCUCUGCAUAUAAACAUUGACUGCACUGCUCUUGUUGCUGCUGUUGUUAGUCGCCAGGUCACUGUUGUCCAUCUGCUAUUACAGGCUGGUGCAAGAACGGAUGUCAAUGUAAGACUGGGAGCAUGGUCAUGGGACGAAGCUUCUGAUGAAGAGUUUCGAGUUGGUGCUGGACUAGCUGAGCCUUAUCCAAUCACCUGGUGUGCUGUGGAGUAUUUCGAAGCUAGUGGUACUGUCUUGCGUAUGCUUCUCCAGCACAUAUCCCCCAAUAAGAAUCAUCAUGGAAGAACUCUCCUCCAUCAUGCCAUCUUGUGCGGCAACUCAGGGGCUGUACACGUGCUCCUAAAAUCGGGUGCCGACAAAGAAACUGCCAUUGUUACAGCAGCUAAAACCGGCAUUCGUCCAGUACACUUGGCUGCCCGUCUUGGUCUUUCAACAAUUGUCCAAUGCUUAAUUGACUUUGGCUGUGACUUGAACUCCAGGACAGCUUCGGGUGACACGGCUCUGAUGAUCUGUGCAAAAUAUAAGCACAGGGAGUGUCUUAAGAUAGUGGCCAUGGCUGGCGCAGAUUUUGGCCUUACCAAUAUUUUCGGUCAAUCUGCAAGUUCAAUUGCCGGAUCAAACCGGUGGUACCUCGGGUUUCAACAAGCAGUAGUAGAUGUGAUCCAAGCUGGGAAGAUUCCUUAUUCCAGCAAUCACACUGUUUUCUCCCCACUGUUAUUAGCAGCCCAAGCCGGUGAUACUGUGGCCUUAAAGACUCUCAUUGGUUCUGAAGCCAUCAACCUUGACUACCAAGAUGAAAAUGGCUUUUCAGCCGUCAUGAUUGCUGCUCUCAAGGGGCAUGUGGAAGCAUUCGGCUUACUGGUCUACGCCGGUGCAGAUGUUAAGCUAUGUAACAAAGCAGGUGAAACUGCAAUUACCAUAUCUAAACUGAACCCAAACAGGGACCUUUUCGAGAAGGUCAUGCUGGAAUUUGCACUUGAAAAGGGCAGCUGCAGUGCGUGGGGGUUUUACGCUUUACAUUUUGCAGCUCGGCAUGGAGACCUUGAUGCAGUCAAACUACUGGUGAGCAGAGGUUACGACGUCAACGUCCCAGAUGGGGACGGGUACACUCCUCUGAUGUUGGCUGCAAGGGAAGGCCACAUAUCCAUGUGCCAGCUUUUGAUAUCGAGUGGGUCACGUUGUGAUUUCAAGAACUCUAGAGGCGAAACUGUCCUCUCGGUCGCGAGGAAAAAUAGCGGCACGGUAAAUGGCACGGUCAAUGUGAUCCUAGAUGAGCUUGCGCGUAAUGUCGUUUUGGGUGGUGCUCGAGUGUGGAAACACACCAAAGGAGGAAAGGGAACUCCACACGAGAAAGAUGUGAGGGUGCUCAGAAACUCUGGAGUGCUAAGGUGGGGGAAAUCGAGCCGCAGAAACGUAAUGUGCCGAGAGGUCGAGGUCGGGCCAAGCCCGGCCUUCCAGAAGAAUAGGCUGAGGAAAGGUGGUGCUGAUGAUCCCGGGAUUUUCAGGGUGGUGACUGCCGAGAACAAGGAGGUUCACUUUGUCUGUGAGGGUGGGACAGAGGAGGCUGAACUUUGGGUCCGAGGCAUAAAGCUUGUUACCAGAGACAUCACUUUUGGCAAAUAGAGAACACCACGGUCCUCUGCAUUAUUUUGAUGUACAGAUUUUUAGGAUAUGAGCUGAUGCAAUCCAGAUUCAGAUUGCAGUGGUUGUAAAUGUUUCCCUAUCUGUGUAAUGCAUUAAAAACUUCUAAUAA